AUGACUCACACCAACCUUACCAUCUUCCAUCCUGUAGUUUUUGUUCUACUGGGCAUCCCUGGGUGGGAGGCUUACCACAUUUGGCUAUCAAUACCCCUCUGCCUCAUGUAUAUCACUGCUGUCCUGGGGAACACCAUCCUGAUAGUGGUCAUCAUCACAGAACAUAAUCUUCAUGAGCCCAUGUACUUCUUCCUCUCUAUGCUGGCCAUCACAGACAUCCUGCUGUCUACCACUACUGUACCCAAAGCUCUAGCCAUCUUUUGGCUCCAUGCCCAUGACAUUGCCUUUGAUGCCUGUGUCACCCAAAUUUUCUUUGUCCAUGUGAUGUUUGUUGGGGAGUCAGCCAUCCUAUUAGCCAUGGCCUUUGACUGCUUUGUGGCCAUCUGUGCCCCCUUUCAUUAUACAACAGUGCUAACAUGGUGUGUUGUGGGAAGAAUUGCUCUGGCCAUUGUCACCCGAAGCUUCUGCAUCAUCUUCCCAGUGAUCUUCUUAUUGAAGCAGCUGCCCUUCUGCCGGACCAACAUCGUCCCCCAUUCCUACUGUGAGCAUAUUGGAGUGGCCUGUUUGUCUUGUGCUGACAUCACCAUUAACAUCUGGUAUGGUUUCUCAGUGCCCAUUGUCAUGGUCAUCUUGGAUGUGAUCCUCAUUGCUGUGUCUUACUCACUGAUCCUCCGAGCAGUGUUUCGUUUGCCCUCCCAAGAUGCCCGGUGCAAGGCUCUCAGCGCUUGCGGCUCCCACCUCUGUGUCAUCCUCAUGUUUUAUGUUCCAGCCUUCUUUACAUUAUUGACCCACCGCUUUGGACAUAACAUUCCUCGACAUGUCCAUAUCCUGCUGGCCAAUCUUUAUGUGGUGGUGCCACCAAUACUCAACCCCAUCGUCUAUGGUGUGAAGACUAAGCAGAUCCGGGAGGGUGUAGCCCACGGGUUCUUUGAUGUCAAGACUUGGUGCUGUGCUUCCCCUCUGGGUUAA